AUGGUUGCCACACUGUCCAGCUCCAAGGCGGCCUCGGCCUCCACCCCUUCCUCGUCCAAGAGCAAGGCGUCUCCCUCCAAGAAGAGCGCCAAGUCGGACCUCGUCGGCGCAUCCACGUCCAAGGCCGCCGCCGCCGCCACCGCCUCCGACGAUGGCGAGCUCGACUCGGCGGGCGUCGUCCUCAAGCACCGCAAGCCGUUUGGCCAGGAGGACGACGACGACGACUCCGACGAUGACGUGUUCGAGGACGCCACCGAGGGCAACAUGAGCAUGAGCCACGCCGCCGCGCUCGGCUCCAUGGACGAGGACGAGGACGACCUCAUGAUUUCGUCGACCUCGCACAUCGACACGUCGGCAGCACCAGCAGACGAGGCGCCAAUGACGACGACCGCAGCAGGUGCGCCGCAGGCGGGGAGCGGGAUGCAGGUCGACCUCACCAACAAGCCGUCGUUUGCGCCCAUCUCGAAAAAGGCGGCCGACGCCAACCUGACUGGCGUCGCAAAGGGCCAGCUCCGGAGGAUCCCAAUCCCGCCCCACCGCAUGACGCCCCUUCGAAACGACUGGCACAAGAUCUACACGCCGCUCGUCGAGAUGGCCGGGCUGAUGGUCAGGAUGAACACCGAGAGGAAGAUGGUUGAGAUCAAGUCGUCAAAGUAUACGACAGAGCAAGGGAUGCUGCAGAAAGGCGCCGAUUUCGUCAAGGCGUUUGCGCUGGGCUUCGAGGCCGACGACGCCAUCGCGCUGCUGCGGAUGGACGACCUGUUCGUCGACACGUUUGAGAUCAAGGACGUAAAGACGCUCCACGGCGACCACCUCUCGCGCGCCAUCGGCCGCAUUGCCGGCAAGGACGGGCGCACCCGCUUCGCGAUUGAGAAUGCGUCGCGCACCCGCGUCGUCGUGGCCGACACCAAGAUCCACAUCCUCGGCAGCUUCCAGAACAUCAAAAUCGCCCGCGACGCCGUCGUCGCCCUCAUCCUCGGCAGCCCGCCCGGCAAGGUGUACGCCAACCUCAAGACCAUCGGCGCGAGGCAGAGGCAGAGGGCCUAG